AUGGCCAAGCUCACACGUGAGGUGAAGGACCUUGUUGAGGACCACACCAAGGAGGGUCUUCUCCGCCUCUGCGAAAAAAACAAGAAGGCCGGCAUCGAGACGAUGGUCGGCACCUCUACCUCUUGCAAGCCACGAUCGGUCAAAGCGGGGUUCAUCGAGACCGUCGACCGAAACGGAGUCAUCGUCAUUGAUGACCGUGAGAACGGCUAUCGUUGCCGGAUCAACAAGAAGCUUAAGUCCGGGGCCCUUGUGUCAUCCGUUAUCAUCCCAGAUGCCACGGGAUCGAUCAGGAUCGAGAAGCGGGUGCACAAGAAGCACCGGAAGGGGAGGGAGUCUCGCAACGCGUUUGCGGGGUUGAUGCAGGUGUUUGGUGAGGGACACAUGGCAAUCCGUGGCAGUGGUAGGCAGGCGAUCGGAGCGGAGAGCAAGAAGCGGAUUUGA